CCAAAAUCACCAAAAUCUAAUCCGUUCAUAAGGUCAACUUCUAAUAGUGACCUCUCACCUUCAACCUUAUUCGCUAAUACAGCGGUACGCCCUCAAACGGCGGAGGAAAUGUAUGGGGCACCUGAAAAUUUCCUUGAAAUUGAAGUGACAAAUCCGAUAACGCAUAGUUCAGGUAGAUCAAAGUAUACAACUUAUGACAUACACUUAUCAACAAAUAUACCUGCGUUUAAAUUAAAGAACUCAGUUGUUAGACGUCGUUAUUCAGAUUUUGAAGUAUUUAGAGAUAUACUUGAAAGAGAAAGUUCAAGAGUAAAUGUACCUGCUUUACCUGGCAAGGUCUUUACGAAUAGAUUCACCGAUGAAGUAAUACAAACACGUCGUGAAGGUUUAGAGAGGUUCGUACAAAUAGUCGCAGGCCAUCCACUUCUACAAACUGGUAGCAAAGUUCUUUGCGCAUUCUUGCAAGAUCCGUCCUGGGAUCGUACACAAUGGAUUUAAUUGUUUUAUAAAAAAAAAAGAUAAGAAACUUAGAUUUUAUACCCUCAAUUGACUAUUCUAUAAUCAUGCAUUUUUUUAUUGUCUCAUGAUACAGGGGCAGAAGCAGC